AUGUCCAGCAGGGGCCGAGGCUUCUCGUCGGGCAGUGAGGGCACGCCACGUGCCUCGGAUCGGCAAGCAGGCAGGUCAGCGACAACGCUGCAGGAGUCUGCCACUGCCCUUGCAGCGGCUGAGUUGCGGCGCACCGCGCCACCCGCCCCCAACGCGCUGCAGGCUGAGGAGCCGAACAAGCGCGCGCCCACCGACACACAUAAGCCAGCGAGCCCUGAGCCGCGCACGGAGCAAGGCGAGCACUGGGAGGACGCUGGGGAGAAUCCGGCAGCAGUCAUGGCAGCAAACCCCAGCAACAUGCUGCAACGCUUUUGGCGCGACGAGCCGGAGCUCUGGUUCAUGCAGGCCGAGGAAAUCUUCAGCGCCAACAAAGUGACAGAUGAUGCACUCAAGUAUAGUGCAGUCUACAGUGCCCUGGACAAAGAGACACUUAGAGACCUCGUGGACCUGCUCAAAAACAAGCCGGAGACAGACAGGUAUGAUUUUCUAAAAGCAGCUCUGAUGAAGCGUUUGGCAGAAUCCAAGGAGGUGGCCCCGAGGCGCCUAUUCACCAACGUGGAGUUGGGAGACAGCACGCCUUCGCAGCUCUGGCGCAAGAUGAAGGCGCUGGCCGGAGAGGCGGACGACGGCUUGGUUAAAGCGCUGUGGCUUUCCAAGUUACCGUGCCACGCGCAGACACUCCUGCAGGCCUUCAAGUCUGCAACCACUCCUAUGGAGGAGCUGACAGAGGCAGCAGACAGCCUAGUCAGCUCUGCUGCGCAGAUCAACGCUGUCUCGUCCAAUGAUGCCAUUGCCCGUCAGCUGCAGCAGAACAACGUGCUGAUGUCGCAGAUGUUAACGGCACCUAAGGCUUGUCUGCCGAGGACGAACAAUAACAACAACAACAACAAUUCGAGCGCAAGCCGUUGCAACAACCGUGCGCGCAGCAGGAGCCGCAGCCGAACUCGACAACAGGAGGUCAACAAGGACUACUGCUGGUACCACAACAAAUUUGGCAGCAAGGCUCGUAGCUGUCAGGCGCCCUGCUCCUUUCCCCAGGAAAACUAG